UCCAGACAGAAGUGGAUAAAGCGCGCAGAGCUUAAAGCUGAGCUGGCAACAAUUGCUGCAGAACCCAGCGGCUGUCUGAUUACCCUAAAACAACCCCUGAGAAUGAUGCAGACCAGGAUGCAAGCUUCUGCCACAGAUAAGCUUCCCUUCUGUUUUCCUUCGUGUUUCCAGCAGUCGAGGUGCAGAGGAAAGAGAUAGAAUGAUGCAAAACGCUCUUCUUUGGUGGAGCAGCUUAUACGUCAGACUGAUGUUUGUCUUCUGGCCGUGGGCAUCAGCUGGAAAGCAAUGUCAUAUCCAAAAUGAAAUGGCUGACUGCAGUCACCUAAAGCUGACUCAAAUUCCCUCUGAUCUUCCAAACAAUAUAACGAGUUUAGACAUUUCUCAUAAUCAGCUAAGACAGCUAGGUCCUGCAAAUCUGACCAAGUACAGCCAGCUGGUUUACUUGAAUGCAGGCUACAACAGCAUCUCUAAACUGCAACCAGAAUUGUGCCGAAAUGUGCCCCUCUUGCAGACUCUGAAGUUAGAACAUAAUGAAUUGCACAAGUUCCCUGACAGAGUCUUUGCUUCCUGCACCAACCUGACCGAGCUCAAUCUAGGAUACAACAGACUAAGUAUAAAAAAUGAUCCUUUUAAUACCCUGGAGAACUUGAAUAUUUUGGACCUAUCCCAUAAUUCCUUGAAGUCAGCCAAUUUAGGAUUGGAGCAACAGUUGGAGAAACUCCAUGAGCUCAUGUUGGGUAGCAACCAAAUCACUGAGUUGAAAAAAGAAGACUUCAAUUUUCUUAGAAACACCUCAUUGAAUAGUCUUGAUUUGUCAUCAAAUCCACUAAAAGAGUUUCAUACGGGAUGUUUCCAUACAAUUGGAAAUCUGUUUGGCCUCAUACUGAACAAUGUUGAACUUGGUGAAAAUCGCACAAAUAAACUUUGUACAGAAUUAUCAAACACAGCAAUUCAAAACCUCUCAUUGAGCCAUGUGAAACUUUCCUACAUUGGCAAGUCAACUUUCCAGGGACUGCAAGGAACAAAUCUUACAAUUUUAAACCUUUCCCAAAAUUCUCUCUCUGUCAUAGAAAAUGACUCAUUUCAGUGGCUUUCAAGUUUACAGUACUUAAACCUGAAGCUUAAUAAAAUUAAUAUAUCUUCACGUUUAUUUUAUGGAUUAUCCAGCCUCAAAUAUUUGAAUCUCAUAAACUCACUUACUGGGAAAAUUGAAGAUUUUUCUUUUCAUUGGCUAUACCACCUGGAGUACCUUAUAAUGGAUUAUAACAAUUUUCCAGGAAUUACUGCUAAUAUGUUCACAGGUCUGAACAACCUGAAAUAUCUGAGCCUCUGCAACUGCAACAUAAACUUACAAAGAAUAACUAAUAAAACAUUUUCAUCACUUGCUAAUUCUAGCUUACAGGUUCUCAACCUCACAAAAACUAGAAUCUCUACAAUAGAAAGUGGGGCAUUUUCUUCCCUGGGACACCUGAAAAUUCUUCAUCUUGGUCUCAAUGAAAUUAGUCAACAGCUUACAGGUCAUGAGUUUAAAGGUCUCAAUAACUUACAAGACAUUUAUCUUUCCUAUAAUAAAAACUUGACUUUGCAAAGUGAAUCAUUCAUUUUUGUUCCAAGUCUUAGAAAACUGAUGCUGAGGAAGGUAGGCUGCAGUAAUCUGGCACUUUCUCCCUCACCUUUUCAUCCUUUACGAAACCUGACUGUCCUGGACAUCAGCAAUAACAACAUAGCAAACAUAAAAGAAGACUUGUUUGAUGGACUUGACAAACUUGACAUCCUGGAUUUGCAACACAAUAAUUUAGCCCGGCUUUGGAAACAUGCAAAUCCGGGUGGCCCUGUUCUUUUUUUAAAAGGUCUUCCCAAUUUGCGAAUUCUUAAUUUAAAAUCAAAUGGGUUUGAUGAAAUUCCAGUUCAGGUUUUCAAGGGUCUGUUUCAAUUAAAACUCUUGGAUUUAGGAUCGAAUAAUUUGAAUUUGUUUCCAGCAACUCUGUUUGAUGACCAAGCCUCUCUGAAUUCAUUGAACCUUCAGAAAAAUCUGAUAACCUCAGUUGAAGAAAAAGUAUUUGGCCCACCUUUCAGGAGCUUGAGAAAACUAGAGAUGGAUUCCAAUCCCUUUGACUGUACCUGUGAAAGCAUUGCUUGGUUUGCUGAUUGGCUUAAUGAGACCCAAGCAGAUGUACCUGGACUGAGGUCACAGUACAUUUGCAACACCCCACCUAAAUAUCACGGUAGUCUGGUUUUGUAUUUUGAUAGCUCAGCUUGCAAAGACAGUGCACCAUUUAAACUUCUUUUUGUGGUCUCUACCACUAUUGUGACACUACUCAUUUUUAUUGUCCUUACCAUCCAUUUUGAAGGGUGGAGGAUAGCUUUCUACUGGAAUAUUUUAGUCAAUCGAAUGCUUGGUUUUAAAGAAUUUGAGAGACAACAGGAACGGUAUGAUUACGAUGCCUACGUUAUUCAUGCAAGAGAGGACAAGAACUGGGUGUCUAAAAAUUUCAUGUCUCUGGAAAAAAAUAACCACUUUGAAAUUAAGUUUUGCUUAGAAGAACGGGACUUUGAAGCAGGUGUAUCUGAAUUUGAAGCCACAAUCAACAGCAUAAAAAUGAGCAGGAAGACUAUUUUUGUUGUGACUGAACACCUCUUACAGGAUCCCUGGUGUAAAAAUUUCAAGGUGUAUCAUGCUCUUCAGCAAGCUGUUGAACAAAGUCGGGACUCCAUCAUACUGAUCUUUCUUGAUGAUAUCCAAGAUUACAAGUUGUAUCAUGCACUUCACCUAAGAAGAGGAAUGUUCAGAUCUCGCUGCAUCUUGAACUGGCCAGCCCAGAGAGAACGAGUCAGUGCAUUUCAUCAGCAAUUAGUGACGGCACUUAAAUCUAAAAGUAAAAUGUGCUGAUUUUUGAACUAUGGAUUUGAAUGACGGGGUCAUUUUAAUGUGUAUUUUCUACCACUGGAAAACUAGCAAGCCUUCAUGAAGGUCUGAAAAAGUUUGUCAUCCUGUAAAUUUAUGUAAGAGUCACUGUAAUUUAAAUUUAUCUGUUUAUAUUCGUAUUUUUGCUGAUAUUUUAAUUCAGCUGCACUGAAGUGAUGUUAAAAGGGAUCAUAGUGGAUAGUCAUUUCAAUCAGUGUAUUAAAAAUGUGGUAGGAGUUCUGAAAAGCAGUGAGAAUCACUGAUGUUGUAGGAAAUGAUGUAGGGUAGAAAGACAGACUCUCUAAGGGGAUAUCCAAAAGAAAAUGCAUUAAUGAUGAAACAGAAAAUCCUUUGUUGAAGGUAGACAAAGAAGAGUGGACACUACUUCUUGCUUUUGAAACAUGGGGGAUUCAGUGCUCAGACUGGAAAGUUUUCCUUGAGAAACACAGUAACACAGAAAAUUACUUCUGUAAUUCAAAGAAAUACAUCAGUUUCAAAGUGAGUUUUAAAACCUUUAUGAUUAUGCCUUCUGGAGGGACUAAUACUGGUUGCUAUCAAAAAGUGGCUUUCAGGCCGAUGAGUCAAAUGAUUUAAUAGAUUUGGUAUCAGGAAAAAGUUGUUUUGCUCUUCUCUGGUGACAUUCAGAGAGCUGGCAUUAAUACUGAGAGACAUUAAUACUGAGAGAUGUCACCUUGAUUCUUAGAAUGCACACAGAACUGUAUGUGGACCUGUACACAGAACUUGAAAUCGAUGUGAAGCUUGGCCACAGCACAGCUGCUGCACCUGUAUAAAAUUAAUAAAGGCACAGAUAUGUUUAUAAUAUAACCAGAAGAUGACUUUGUGGAGAAAGUUGUGCUACUGCAAUUUCAUUACCAUAAAUUUUGUUACUGGUGAAAAAACAACAAAAACAAAUAGUUUUAAAUACUAUCAGGAACAUUAUUGUGACUACAGUUAGAGGUAGAGUGGGAAAAAAAUUCAAAACUAGAUUAAUUUCAAUUUUUUUGUUUCCUUUUAUACAGUUUUGCCUUUGAUAGCUAAAAGAAAAAUUGUAAAGAAAUCAGAUAGAAUUCUAUAGUUUAGUUUCUUGCAUAUUAAUCUAAUUUGACCUUUUUCCUGAACAUAUUUUAUGGAAACGUGGGCUAGAUGGCAACUGCCAGGUUAUUAAAGCUCAAACAUAUGGGCUAGCUGCUUGAUCUGGAGAGAGAGCAAAAUGUGCUUUGCAAGUGUGUUAGUAAUGUUUAACACUGACUAAAAUGCUGUGGUGAGUCUGAGCACAAGUUGUUGUAAAUUAGACACAAGGCAGUUGUUUGUAUAUUUUUGUUAAUAUUUAAUUGCUGCUUCAAGGACUUUUAAAAACUUUGUCAGCUUUUAGUAGGUCUGUGAUCCUUCAAUAGCUCAGGAAUAUUUUUAAACUGAUUUUCCCCCUAGCAUUUCCCUCAUCUACUUCAAUACCAGUAUUGCUACAAGAAUGCUCUUUUGCUGUAUUAGAAAACAGUUCUAUACUUAACAUUUUAAACAGCUUUUCUCAUUAUUUGGUAUAUGUAUAGAUGAAAAACAUUGGGUUUUAAUAGGUUUCCUAUGUCCCAUGAUGAUAAAAACCUAAACAAGACAAAUAAUUAGUGAAAUAAGGUUUUUCUUACACUGAAAUAGUGAAGGGGUGUCUUUACUUGCUUGGGAAGUCCUGAGUGAAAACUAAACAGGCUUUGCUUACAGCUAAAGUGAUAGAUGAUGAUUCCCUAAUUACAGUAAUAGGAUUAUCCCCAUUGUGAUGCUUUCAUCUCAUCUUUCUGAACUAUUCAGGCGAAGUGACAAAUUCUUUCUUCAUGCUUAGGCCAUGAAAGUUGAGGAGGCAAGUUGGUAAUUAUGGUGUGCCAGGUAUGCACCAUGACAAUUGUUCCUUGUCUUAUUUAAAGACUAACAUGUGACAGGGCUCCUAUCCUAAAUCUGCAAUGACACAUAGCAGCAGAAUUUCUCUUUCCACAUCAAUAUAAAUUGUUAUAAAUUGUUUAGAAAAUGCUAGUAGUUCACAUGGGUAUUAAAAAUGACAUAAAGAUGACGAGAAUGCAUGGAGAAAUGCUGCAGUGAAAUGUGAUACAAGAGGUCAGACUAGAUGAUCAAAUGGUCUUUUCUGACCCUUAGAGCCUGACAAAUGACAGCAUGUCUAAAUUCCUAAAGCUUUUUCUAGUUACUACAAAAGCCCCCAAAAUUGGUUUCAGAACAGCAAAAAAAAUGUUAUGAAAGCUUAAUUUUGUAAUACAGCUAGCGAUACAAACAAGAAGUACUUGGUGAUUGGUGAAAAAUCCCUUUGAAUUAUAAACAUAUGAUGAAUAUACUCUAAACAGUUAUUUUAGUACCUAGAUUCAGUUUAAAAUAAUUUACCACAGCAAAAGACAUUAUAAAGGUUCACAAUGAGAAUAAGACUAAUGUAUAAAAAAAGACACAAAAGUAAUAAUCACAGGGCCAGUGGUAAUCAUCAUUUAUACCAGACCUAAAAUUUUCCUAUAAAUUUUCCCUGUUUUUCUGAAAGUUACCUACUUAUGC